AUGGUUUCAUUUUCCCUUGAAAAUACAAAUUAUAGCGUUGAAAUUGGUAAAGCUAAUGGAUUUUCAUUAGUUGGUAUAGAAGGUUCAGAUAUAGUUGAUGGUAAUAAAUUAUUAACUUUAGGAUUAGUUUGGCAAUUAAUGAGAAGAAUUAUUAUAAACACAUUAUCAGAGCUAGGUAAAGGUGGAUCUCAAUUAACUGAUUUAGAUAUUUUAAAAUGGGCUAAUUCUCAUUCUCAAUCAACUCAAGUUCGUUAG